AUGUAAUUAUAAUAAAAACAACCUAUUCAAGAGAGACGAAGAAGAAGUGGAGCUUUGCACGCUUAAACAUGUGAAGAAUAUUUAAAAGUACUAACAACCAUAAAAUAUAAUACAGAAAUAUGAUUAAAUUGGACAAAUUAAAAUAAGAGAAAGCUAAAGAAAAAAAAGUUUGUCAGAAUCAGCUUUUCUUAAUUUCGAUUUCAUACCUGCUGAUGAUGCAGUUGAAGAUAUUACUUAAUUGAAGAUAUUAAUCUACUCCCCUAAGAUUAAAUUAAAUGAAUAAGAAUUUUUGCAAAUAUUGAAAAGAGUUAGAAAUCGCUCAAUUACCACAGACAAUAUUUCAAAUAAAUCUUCUACUUUUGAUUUUGACUUUUUCUAUAGAGAAUAUGAAGUUAAUGAAACUCAUUUUGGAUUACAUUUUUGGAUUUAAAAUAACUCCAAACACAAACACUCAUCGUUCUUUUAGUGUAAUUAAAUUUUAUUUACAAAAAUAUUUAGAAUGUUAUUAUAAAGUUUUUAAUGCAGCAAUUCUACUCUAAAGAGAUUCUUCUAUAGAAUCGCAGAUUAGAGAUGCCAAUCCAAAUUGCAUUAUUAAGAUCUUUCCAUUAGUAAGAUAUAAUCUUAAUUUUUUAGAUGGACGAAUUGCUGAUUGAAUCAUUACAAUCUAUCAUUGCUGAAGUAAAAUAUAUAAUAAAUAAUAAAGAUAUGCCAUAAUCACAUUAAAUCUUGA